CCGAGCCGCCACCGCCACCGCCGCCACCGACCGCUCCAUAAAGACCAUAAAGAGGCGGGAUACAACGGUAGAACACCGAAUAUACAUGCACAUGACGUGCAACGGAAUUAGGACAAAUUACCGUCUGACCGUAAACAACAGAAACAGAGGGAAAUGUCUUGGUGGCCGCGCGGUGAGGAUGGAGAGGAGGCCAUGCAUCAGGACACUGACUCUGAUGUGGCAGAGCAGAGAGACGGUGGGAAAGUGAAGGUGAAGUGGACACAAGAGGAGGAUGACAAGCUCAAGGCGCUGGUUCAAAAACUGGGACCAAAUGAUUGGAAAUAUAUUGCCAGCUACAUACCAAGUCACACUGAACACCAGUGUCAGCACCGCUGGUUUAAGGUCUUGGAUCCAGAAUUAGUUAAAGGUCCUUGGACCAAAGAGGAGGAUGAGAAGGUCAUAGAGCUUGUGAAUCUCUACGGCAACAAACAGUGGGCACUGGUGGCCAAGCAUUUGAAGGGCAGACUCGGGAAGCAGUGCAGAGAGCGCUGGCACAACCACCUCAAUCCCAACGUAAAGAAGUCGUCGUGGACGGCAGAGGAGGACCUCGUCAUCUACAAAGCUCACUGCCUGCUCGGAAACCGCUGGGCUGAGAUCGCCAAGCUGCUCCCUGGAAGGACGGAUAACGCAGUGAAGAAUCACUGGAAUUCCACCAUCAAACGCAAGUUAGAGAUGGGCUUCUAUGCGGGGGAGGUCUUUAAGCCAAAUGAGCUUGAAGAGCUGCUGGCCCGCGUCAAUAAAGACGUGCAGGUGCCCAGUUGCUCUCAGGAUGGUGCAGACAAAGAAUCAGAUCAGAAAACACAACCUCCACUGCAGGAAACGCCCAUCUCAGCCUCUGGUGAAGUCAGCUCCAGCGAAGCGGGUCCGUUGAAGGCUGCGUCCUCUCCAAAGGACAGUUUAAGCCCCAAGACAGAAACAGACAGCACAGGAGAAACGAGCUGCUCCAGCUGGGUGGUGGACAGCUCCGGCUUUCUCUCCCCUACUGGCCCCGCACUGAAGGAAGUGCUGGACAUGGUGGACGGGGACAUCGAUGGCUGGUGCAACCUCGCAGCCUUUGACCUGCCGGAGGACAGUCCGAGUCCCGAGCGCCACCAGUUCCGCCUGGAGGGCAGCGCCUUGCAGGAGUUGAGCAAAGGCAGCAAGGGGGAACUCAUCCCCAUCUCUCCUGGAGGGGUCACGCCGCCCUCCAUACUGAACCGCAGAAGCCGGAGACGCAUCGCCUUGUCCCCCGACGCCAAUAACUCCAUGACUCCCAAGAGCACUCCUGUCAAAAUCUUGCCCUUUUCCCCGUCUCAAUUCCUCAACAUGUGGACCAAGCAGGACACUCAUGACCUGGAGAACCCGUCCCUCACGUCCACGCCGGUGUGCAGCCAGAAAGCCAUUGUUACUACGCCGCUACAGCGUGACAAGACCCCCCUCACUCAGAAGGAAAACUCAGCAUUUGUCACACCCAACCACAAGUCCGAUCUCUGUACGACUCCACGGACCCCGACACCAUUCAAAAAUGCCAUGGAGAAGUACGGUCCUCUGCAGCCACUGCCCCAGACUCCAAACCUUGAAGACGACAUAAACGAGGUCAUCCUAAGAGACGCUGGGAUGGACCUGGUUGUCGUCUGCUCGACUCCUCCUGAGCAAAGACGCAAAACAAUGCAUCGGCCUCCUAUGAAGAAAGUGCGCAAGUCAUUGGCCCUAGAUGACUGCCAGUCCAAACGCAAAUGCCUCAAAACCGAAGCCAAACACAACAUCAAGGAAGAACCCGUGAUAGUUUGUCUCAGCUCCCCAUCAUUUUGCAAUAAGCAGCAUGAAAAUAUUUUGGAUCAGGGCUUCCUUCUGGGACCUAGUGACAGUGUGCCAUUUCCCAGCACGGUGCCCCCGAUUCCGAUGUCAAAAGAAUGGGAGACGGUUGUUUGUGGCCAAACUAAAGACCAGCUCAUAAUGACGGAGAAAGCAAGGCGCUACCUUCGCUCACUGAAAUCCCACGCUCCCAAUCGGGCCCUGAUUCUGUCCUGAGACACCAACAUGUUACACAUGCACAACUUAGUGUUGCUGUUGCUGUUUGUCCCUUACUGUUUGCUAUUUGUGGUGGAAAAAAGAACAUGUCAUCUGUAGGUUUACUACAGUUUUUGAACAAGUCAUUAGCAAUCAAAACAAUAUACAGUCCUAUCAAUUUGAGAGAGAAUGGUGCUUUUAGAUGUAGUCCCACUCCAGUGGCCUUAGGCAAGACUUUAAAAACAAGUCAAUUGAUCACAUUUAAUUGUAUUGUUGUCACUUAAACAUGUUUAAAAAGAACAAUGAAUGUAAAAUUGAAAAAAAUCACGGCUAUAUACUUUUGCUAUCACUGAAAAGACAUGGUUUUACAUUGCAUAAUGUGUCUGUAACAGUUUUUUUUAAAGUUGCGAAGAAUACAAACACUCAGGUUGUAUAACUUGAAUAUGGAGUGAAUUCAGACAGGUUGAUCAGUAGUGUAUUUAGAGAUGAAGUGUCCAUGUUGAAAAUGUUAAGUGAGCAUUGUCUUGUAAGAUUGGUUAAGCAUGUGUAUAGAUUUAUAAUAUACAUCUCAGUACACAUUAAAAAUGAGGAUCUGGGUUCAAUUAGACAUCUGCUGGAAAUCUGCAGCACACUACCUACACAGUGAUGAAUAUACUUGGGAAAGUUUUAUACUCUAUCCAAGUAGUUUAGGUGUAAUGGAGGCAUGAAGGUGUACCAGCGUUGAUGGUAAGGGUAUUAUAUUGUUAUUUGGCACUGUUUGUAAAUACUAAGUGUUGUAUGUUUUUACUUUCUUACAACAUUUUGUUAAGAGAUGUAAUAAAAUGGCAAUAAUAUUUCCAAUACACAA